AUGUUUGGGAAACAAGACAAAAUGGACGUUAGAUGCAGCACAGAGACUGAAGCCAACCGGGUCUCGAAGAACGGACACAAGGAGGGCAAGGACAGCAAAGGGGCUGAAGGAAAUAUCUCUACUUCUUUUCUGAAGGAGCAACAAGGGACUUUUUCUGCCUCUGCAGCUACCGAAGACUGUAACAAAAGUAAAUCUGGUUCGGCGGACCCGGACUACUGCAGGAGGAUCCUGGUCAGAGAUGCCAAAGGUUCCAUCCGAGAGAUUAUCCUGCCCAAGGGCCUCGAUCUGGACCGUCCCAAGCGGACCCGCACCUCCUUCACGGCCGAGCAGCUCUACCGCCUGGAGAUGGAGUUCCAGCGGUGCCAGUACGUGGUGGGGAGGGAGCGCACCGAGCUGGCGCGGCAGCUCAACCUCUCCGAGACUCAGGUAAAGGUGUGGUUCCAGAACCGACGCACCAAGCAGAAAAAGGACCAGGGCAAAGACUCGGAGCUGCGCUCGGUGGUAUCCGAGACCGCCGCCACCUGCAGCGUCCUGCGGCUGCUGGAGCAGGGCCGCCUGCUCUCCCCGCCGGGGCUGCCCGGCCUCCUGCCGCCCUGUGCCAGCGGAGCGCUGGGCUCUGCGCUGCGGGGCCCCGGCCUGGCUAUGCGGGAGCCGCGAGCAGCCGGGGCGGAUGGGGACACCGCGCUCCGCCUGCAGCGCCCGGCGGCCCCGGCCCCGCUCCCUCUCCGGUCUCGCUCCGGCGGCACGGUGCUCCCGGCCCACGGGCGGCUCCUGCCCCACGGUGCUGGACCUGGGAACACUACGCGUGUAUUUCUCUUUCUUUAA